AUGCAGCAGAUAAAGGAAGAUGACGCUUACCGGGAAAGGCUGAGCGGCAAAGAACAAAGAUUAGUGACUGGGGAUUGCCCUCACCUAUGGGGAAAAGGAAAUGGUUUCAGAGCGGUGAGCGAAGCCCGUGAGGAUGCUCCUCUACAAGCCUGCCUCAUGCCAUUCAGCCCAGUGCCAAGAAGAAAAGGGUCCAACCUGCCAAAAUCACAGCUAGGCACAUUCAAGUCUGAUGAUGGGGACUAUUUCGUAGAGCCACUGCUAUCGCUCGAAGAACAGGAGUAUGAAGAAGAGCACAAUAAGCCACAUCUAGUCUACAGACACCGGACACCUCCAACCAACUCUUCAGGGGACAGGCAGAUUUGCGAUACUCCAGAUCACGAACACAGUCACAAAAAGAACAAGCGGAAACACUGGAGAAGACAGUGGGCAGAAAGCAGCAUAUUGUCUGACAUGGAGAUGUUAAAACACAGCCUGGAAGUGAAUUCGUUUUCUGCGGAUAGCAACAAGACUGGGAACAUGAGUGAAAAGAAGAGCCACAGAAGAACAAAGCGGUUUCUUUCCUACCCUCGGUUUGUGGAAGUGAUGGUGGUGGCUGACAGCAGGAUGGUUGCCUACCAUGGCGCUAAUUUACAGCACUAUGUCUUAACGUUAAUGUCAAUAGUGGCUUCUAUCUACAAAGACCCAAGCAUUGGAAAUUUAAUUAAUAUCGUUAUUGUGAAAUUGGUCGUGAUACAUAAUGAACAGGAUGGUCCUGCAAUAUCUUACAAUGCCCAGACAACGUUAAAAAACUUUUGCCAGUGGCAGCAAUCCCAGAACCACCCUGAAGGAAGUCACCUUCAACACGAUACAGCCGUGCUCGUUACCAGACAGGAUAUUUGUAGAGCGCACGACAAAUGUGAUACUCUGGGUCUGGCAGAGCUGGGCACAGUCUGUGACCCGUACAGGAGCUGUUCAAUUAGUGAAGAUAACGGACUGAGCACUGCUUUCACAAUAGCACAUGAACUUGGCCAUGUAUUUAACAUGCCACAUGAUGACAAUCAUAAGUGCAAAGAAGACGGAGGUAAAAAUCAACAGCAUGUCAUGGCGCCAACGCUGAACUUCUACACCAAUCCCUGGAUGUGGUCAAAAUGCAGUAGAAAAUACAUCACCGAAUUUCUGGACACUGGUUAUGGGGAGUGUUUGCUUGAUGAACCUUCAUCAAGAACUUACACGUUGCCUCAGCAGCUCCCGGGCCUGAUUUAUGACGUCAACAAACAAUGUGAGUUAAUUUUUGGACCCGGAUCUCAAGUGUGCCCGUAUAUGAUGCAGUGUCGGCGACUUUGGUGUAUUAACAUCGACGGCGCACACAAGGGAUGUCGUACCCAACACACACCUUGGGCUGAUGGGACAGAGUGCGAGCCUGGAAAGCACUGCCGGUUUGGGAUGUGCGUGCCCAAAGAGCGAGAGGCGCCGGUGAUAGAUGGAGCGUGGGGAACGUGGAGCCCUUUCGGCACCUGCUCGAGAACCUGCGGCGGCGGCAUAAAAACGGCGAUACGAGAGUGCAACAGGCCCGAGCCUAAAAACGGUGGGAAGUACUGCGUGGGUCGUCGCAUGAAGUUUAAAUCCUGCAACACCGAACCGUGCUCGAAGCUGAAGAAGGAUUUCCGUGACGAGCAGUGUGCCGACUUCGACGGGAAGCACUUUAACAUCAACGGGCUGCCCACGAACGUGCGCUGGGUUCCCAAAUACAGCGGCAUCCUGAUGAAGGAUCGGUGCAAGUUGUUCUGCCGGGUGGCGGGAAACACGGCGUAUUACCAGCUGCGGGAUCGCGUCAUCGACGGGACGCCCUGCGGCCCCGACACGAAUGACAUCUGCGUGCAGGGCCUUUGCCGGCAAGCUGGAUGCGAUCAUGUGCUGAAUUCAAAAGCAAGAAGAGAUAAAUGUGGUGUUUGCGGUGGGGAUAAUUCUUCAUGCAAAACUAUUGCAGGCACAUUUAACACGGUGCAUUAUGGCUAUAACGUUGUGGUCCGCAUCCCAGCUGGUGCAACUAAUAUUGAUGUGCGUCAGCACAGUUACUCAGGGAAACCAGAGGAUGACAACUACCUGGCCUUAUCUAACAGUCAAGGAGACUUUAUAUUAAAUGGAGACUUUGUCGUCAGUAUGUUUAAAAGGGAAAUCAAAGUUGGGAAUGCUGUGAUCGAAUACAGCGGAUCGGAUAAUACUAUUGAAAGGAUUAAUUCUACAGAUCGGAUUGAGCAAGAAAUAACGCUUCAGGUUUUAUCAGUGGGCAAUUUGUACAAUCCCGAUGUUCGUUACACAUUUAAUAUCCCCAUUGAGGACAAACCUCAGCAGUUUUACUGGAAUGCGUACGGCCCGUGGCAGCCCUGCAGUAAGCUCUGCCAAGGAGAACGAAAAAGGAAACCCGUGUGUACGAGGGAGUCAGAUCAGCUCACGGUGUCGGACCAGCGAUGUGAUCGAAUUCCGCAGCCUGACCCCAUCACUGAGCCUUGUGGCACAGAAUGUGAAUUAAGGUGGCACAUCGCGAGGAAGAGCGAGUGCACGGCGCAGUGCGGGCUGGGGUACCGCACGCUGGAGAUCUACUGCUCCAAGUACAGCAGGCUGGAGGGGAAGAUAGAGAAGGUCGACGACCGCUUCUGCAGCAGCCAGCCCAAACCGAGCACCAGGGAGAAGUGCACUGGAGACUGUAACGUGGGAGGGUGGCGGUACUCGGCCUGGACCGAGUGCUCCAAGAGCUGCGGCGGGGGCACGCGGCGGCGGCGAGCCAUGUGCGUGAACACCUACAACGAUGUCCUGGACGACAGCAAGUGCAGUCAGCAGGAGAAGCUGACGGUGCAGCGGUGCAGCGACUUCUUGUGCCCCCAGUGGAAAACUGGCGACUGGUCCGAGUGCCUGGUCACCUGCGGAAAAGGGCACAAACACCGCCAGACCUGGUGCCAGUUUGGAGAAGAUCGAUUGAACGACAGGUUUUGCGAUCCCGAAACGAAGCCGGAGUCGGUGCAGACGUGCCAGCAGCAGGAGUGUGCUUCGUGGCAAGUGGGGCCGUGGGGCCAGUGCACAAUGACCUGUGGCCAAGGCUACCAGAUGAGAGCGGUGAAGUGUGUCGUGGGCACCUACAUGUCAGUGGUGGAUGAUAACGAGUGUAAUGCUGCAACCAGGCCAACAGAUACCCAGGACUGUGAAAUAGCAGCGUGUCCUCCCCAUCCGAAUAGUCCCGAAGCCAAGAGAUCUGUAUCAGGCAUUCACAGGACUCAGUGGAGAUUUGGAUCCUGGACACCGUGCUCUGCAACGUGCGGGAAGGGUACCCGGAUGAGAUACGUCAGCUGUCGGGAUGACCAGGGCUCGGUGGCCGACGAGUCAGCUUGUUUCCACCUGCCAAAGCCGUCAGCCACAGAAAUGUGCACCGUGACGCCCUGCGGGCAGUGGAAGGCCUUGGAGUGGAGCUCUUGCUCGGUGACUUGUGGUCAAGGUAAGGCAACGCGACAAGUGAUCUGCAUCAAUUACAGUGACCAGCUGGUGGAUAGGAGCGAGUGCGAUCCAGACGACCUCCCUGCCACCGAGCAAGACUGCUCCAUGUCUCCUUGUCAUCCAAACAGCCAUGACUACGGCAGGCCCAUCCACCCUUUCCUCUAUCCGGAUCAUCGCCUGAAACUGCACCCCGGGGGCAACCCGAACCGCAACCGUGCACACAUACCGGGAGGCAAUCAGUGGAGGAUUGGCCCCUGGGGUGCUUGCUCUAGCACGUGUGCGGGGGGGUUCCAGCGGCGGGUCGUGGUGUGCCAGGAUGAAAACGGAUACACCGCAAAUAACUGUGAUGAGAAAAGCAAACCCAUGGAGCAGAGAUCGUGCGAAUCUGGCCCCUGUCCUCAGUGGGCUUAUGGUAACUGGGGAGAGUGCACGAAGCCAUGCGGGGCAGGGACAAGAACACGGCUGGUGGUGUGCCAGCGCCCUAAUGGAGAAAGGUUUACGGAUCUGAGCUGUGAAAUCCUUGACAAGCCACCGGACAGAGAGCAGUGCAAUGUGCAGGACUGUCCUAGAGAUGCUGCCUGGAGCGCUGGUCCUUGGAGCUCGUGUUCUGUCUCCUGUGGAAGGGGCCAAAAGCACCGCAAUGUGUACUGUUUGUCAAAGGAAGGGAGGCAUGUAGAAGAAGAUUAUUGCAAGCACCUUGCUAAGCCCAAUGUGCAAAAGAAAUGCAGAGGGGGCAGAUGUCCGAAGUGGAAAGCAGGAGAUUGGGGACAGGUGAGACGCAGCAGAGGGCGAACCCCGGGAACUUACCGUGACGGCUGCGACGGGGACCGCCACUCACCUUCUUGUCCUUUCCUCCCGGCCGGCCGUCCCCCUGCGCAGCGGGACUGCCACCUCCCCGAGUGCCCCACGCACCGCUGGGCAGCCGGCGAAUGGCAAGCGUGCAUGAAGACGUGCGGGGAGGCGUCUCGGUACCGCAAAGUGGUGUGCGUGGAUGAGAACAAACGGGUGCAGAACAGCGGCUACUGCGACGCCAGCAAACGGCCCCCCGAAAUCGAGAGCUGCGGGCUGCCGCCCUGCGAGUACGUCUGGAUCACCGGGGAGUGGUCGGAGUGCUCCGUCACAUGCGGGAAGGGAUACAGGCAGCGCCUGGUGUCCUGCAGCGAGAUUUACACCGGGAAGGACCACUACGAGUAUGGGUACCAGAACACGGUCAACUGCCCCGGCACACAGCCGCCCAACAUCCAGCCCUGCUACCUCGGGGAGUGCCCCGUCUCAGCAUCCUGGCGCGUCGGCAACUGGGGAAGCUGCUCCGUCACCUGUGGAGUCGGAGUCAUGCACCGGUCGGUGCAGUGUUUGACGAACAAUGACCAGGUCAGCAGCUUGUGCCAUGCGGAUCUGAAACCCGAAGAGAGGAGGACAUGUCACAACGUCCAUGACUGUGAAUUACCAAGGAGUUGCAAAGACGUUAAACAUCUCAAAGGUGUCACUGAAGAUGGCGAAUAUUUCCUUCAAGUGAAAGGAAAGACAUUAAAGGUGUAUUGCUCUGGGAUGCAGACUGACAGCCCAAAGGAGUACGUGACCCUGGUAAAUGGGGAUGCAGAAAAUUUUUCAGAAGUGUAUGGAUACAGAUUGCAUAACCCGACUGAAUGUCCGUAUAACGGGAGCAGACGAGAAGACUGCCAGUGUAGGAAAGAUUACACAGCAGCUGGGUUUUCCACCUUCAGCAAAGUAAGGCUGGACCUGAACACUAUGCAAAUAAUAACAACCGAUUUACAGUUUGCACGGACACAUGAUGGACGACCUGUUCCUUAUGCCACCGCUGGGGACUGCUACAGUGCAGCCAAAUGCCCGCAGGGUCGCUUCAGCAUAGACCUUUAUGGGACAGGCCUGUCCUUGAUGGGAACGGCAAAGUGGCUCUCGCAAGGGAAUUACGCAGUGUCGGAAAUUCAAAAAUCCCCAGAUGGUACCAAAGUAGUAGGAAAAUGCGGUGGUUACUGUGGGAAGUGUACUCCAUCAUCUGGAACAGGCCUCGAUGUUCAGGUGUUAUAG